AUGACCAGACCCUUGUUUCUACGUAUUGUCAAUGCUCUUGGUGAGUGGUCUUCAUAUUUCACUGCAAGAAAGGAUGCUCUUAAUCGGCAAGGGCUUUCACCAUUGCAAAAGUGUACAGCGGCAAUUCGCCAACUCGGAAAUGGUAGCCCUGCAGACCAACUCGAUGAAUACCUGAAGAUUGGCGAUAGUACUGCAGUGGAGUGUAUGAAGAUGUUUGUACAAGGCGUGAUUGAUAAGUUCGGUGGUGAGUAUUUGAGACGCCCCACUACCGUAGAUGUUGAGCGAUUGUUGCAAAUUGGUGAGAGUCGUGGCUUCCCAGGCAUGUUAGGAAGCAUCGACUGUAUGCACUGGCAUUGGGAGAAAUGUCCCGUUGCAUGGAAGGGCCAAUUCACUCGAGGUGAUCAGGGUGUUCCUACAAUCAUUCUGGAGGCGGUUGCUUCGCAUGAUCUUUGGAUUUGGCAUGCCUUCUUUGGUGUCGCUGGAUCCAACAAUGAUAUCAAUGUUCUUAACCAGUCGACUUUGUUCAUUGAGGAGUUGAGAGGGCAAGCUCCACGAGUGCGUUACUAUGUCAACGGGAGACAAUAUGAUAGUGGUUACUACCUUGCAGAUGGAAUAUACCCGGAAUGGGCAACAUUCGUCAAGUCAAUAUACAAGCCGCAAACAGAAAAGGACAAAUUGUUUGCACAAAAGCAAGAAGGUGUAAGAAAGGAUGUUGAACGUGCAUUUGGUGUCUUGCAAGCUCGUUUUUGUAUUUUGCGUCGACCAGCACGUUUGUACGAGCGAGGCGAUCUUGAGAAAAUCAUGCUAGCUUGCAUAAUUCUACACAACAUGAUAGUCGAAGAUGAGAAAGAAGAGGCAGCCAAUACUCGUGACUUGAACUUGAAUGAGAUUCCGAGCACAUCGGUCGUUCAAGAUCCAGAAAUAUCUCAUGAAGAUAUGCCCGCAUUUACAAAAGUACUGGAGAAACAUUCCAAGAUUCGAGAUCGUCCAACUCAUAUUCAGCUUAAAAAGGAUUUGGUGGAGCAUAUUUGGCAAAAGUUUGGUCAAAAUUAA